AUGGAGCUCUUUAUCUCUCUACCUGCCUACUGGUUCUGUCUGAAUAAGUCCGACUCAGAAAGAGAAUCUCCGUCGAUAGCAGAGAGAUAUAAAGCUGCUAAUCAGAGGGCAGUGCAAUUGGUGGAGAAGUGUGGAACAACUCAAGUUGAAGUAGAUGCCAGUGGAUUACUAACUUAUCCUAUUGAGAAAGGUGAUGCAGGAGAUCAACCUGAUAAGAAGCUUAAACCGUUGAGUGUUGAUGAAGAACGGUUCAUGAGAGCAUUUUAUGAGGCAAAGGUUCAAGAAGUAUGCAGUGCCUUUGAAUUUCCUCACAAGAUUCAGGCAACAGCUCUCCAGUACUUUAAAAGGUUUUAUCUGCAAUGGUUUGUUAUGCAACAUCAUCCAAAAGAAAUAAUGUUAACUUGUGUGUAUGCAGCAUGUAAAAUAGAGGAGAACCAUGUAUCUGCUGAGGAAAUAGGGAAAGGGAUUAAACAAGAUCACCACGUAAUUCUCAAGUAUGAGAUGGCUGUUCUUCAGAGUCUGGAAUUUGAUCUGAUUGUCUAUGCACCGUAUCGUGCAAUCGAAGGCUUUAUUGGUAACAUGGAGGAGUUUCUUCAAGCUAGAGAUGAUGAAAUCCAGAAGCUGGAGAGUUUGCUCAAAGCGGCAACAGGAGAGGCCGAUAAAGUUAUGCUCACAGAUGCUCCCUUAGCCUUUUUUUUUGCGUUGGCUGCUCUGCGUAUUGCAAAUGGGGUUCUCGGAGUGGUUGACUUUGAUAGGUACCUGGAGAGCAUUGUUUCUCAGCCGAACUCUGAGCACACGACUUCAGAGCUCACUAGAUUACUUGAUGACAUAGAAUCUUUGGUAAAGAGCUACAGAUAUCCAAGUGAAAAGGACAUGAAGCAUAUUAAUCGGAAGCUUAAAUCUUGUUUAGGACAUAGUUCUUCACAUGACGAGAGCAAGAAACGGGAGAAGAGAUCGAAGCACAAGGCACAUAGGAGCCCCAAUGAUGCACCAAAGGGAGCGCGCCGAUAGGUUGAGUUUCUCGUUUUGCCAUUAGCAAUUCUUUCUUGUCAUAUUGUUUUUGAUCUUACUGAAUGUGGACGUAUUAGAUAUUAGUUGACUUUGUUGUUUAUAUAUGAGUCGUUUAUAACUCAA